UAAGAAUAAUUCUUCAGUUAUUUUCAUUGAACGCUUGAAUUGUUAGUGAUUUCUAACUUUAUUAUAAUAAACUGGUAGUGUGAAGUUCGAUUUUGCACGAAACCAUGUCAGAUACUGACUCAUCCGAUUCUGACUCAGGGAUACGAUUUAAAACUACAUCGACACGCUAUAAAUCUGACAGUACGAGUAAAUAUUCUCCAUCUGUAGUGUCUAAACGUCUAGAUACUUCUCAUGAUGAACGCGGUCAUUCGCGGGACAAUCGAGGGAAAAAUCUAGAACGUGAUUGGAAUGAUCGACAGACGAAUCGAAGAAGUAGAAAUAGUUAUAGUCGUAGUAAAAGUCGGAGUCGUAGUAGAGAGAAUCGAAACCGCCAACGCAACGAAAAAAGUACCCUGCGAAGUAGAUCUAGAUCGAGAUCUAGAACGAGGAGCCGUAGUAAACGAGAACGGGUAUCUAUCCGUGAAAAUAGAACAUUACCAAAAAUAGUACAGCAGAUUCCAGAAUCUGAGAAACAAAAGUGUGACUCGGCCGUUUUAAUAUUAUCGCCACAAAAUGAUCAGACAGAAAAGAGAAAGACUGGUGAAGUUAGUUUUGGAUCCACUGUUCCAGAUGCAUUGGUUAAUAACAAAAGCCCUACAGAUGAACCUGCUACAGAAAAUAUUGAUGUUGAAGGUCCAGCACUUCCGCAAUUUUUUUCAAAUAUUCAUUCUGGAGAAAGCUCAAACCAUGAAAGAUCUUCACGUAUAAUUGGACCGGAACUGCCAGCUCAUUUAAAGAUUAACAGCGGAGGUCUUGAAAGCUCCGAGUCAGAGCUUUCACCUUUCUCAGAAGAAGAACAUGUUGAAGAUGAUCUUAUAGGUCCAUUGCCCGGGUCGUCAAAUUCUAAAACGAAUGAGGAAUUGGAACAGCGUGCACUGGAAUUAAAACUUAAACGGCUUGAUAAUCCGAAAAGUAUAACCGUCACAGCUCGUGAAGACUGGAUGUUGCAAUUGCCAGAUAUUCGAAAGGUAAGUGAUAUGGGGCUAGGAGCAAGACAGUUCAGGACACGUGAUAAACUAGAAAUCGGAGAUCGAUCAGUUUGGACAGACACUCCAUGCGAUAAAGAACGUAAAAAAUUAGGUUGUGAUUCAUCGCAUGAUACUAUAUCCAAACGCGAAGAAGAACACACACGCAAGAAAAUUAUUGAAUAUGAUGAACAGCAAGAGGAGCUGAUCAGAAAGCACAAAAAACAUAAACGUGAUAAAUCCCUUUUGGAUACGCAUCAGCAAAAAUUGGAGAAACAAAAGAAAAAACAAAAGAAUUCCGAACCGAUGCGAAGGCCUUUUGAUCGGAAUAUCGACCUGCAUGCGAAUCGAUUUGAUGAGGCACAAAAAAAAGCCAUUUUGAAAAAAGCAAAGCUACUUGAUACACGUUUCUCAAGCGGAGCUUCAAAAUUCCUGUAGAAAAGUGCUUUCUAUACCACUGCUACUCAUAAAUUCAUUAUAAUCACAGAGAACAGACUAAUAGGCUUGAAGAAACUAACCGAUAUUUUGUGCGUAAAAUCUACCAGUGGCACCCUCCAGAAAUAGUUUUCCAAUAGGCUCAAAACAUAUGUAUGUAAGCAAAGCCUAGGUGCUACAUUCCGUUAUCGAAACUUGACCUUCUGUUUUUAUACGACGGACUUCGCAGCCAGCUGUUAGAGUACAGGACAAUUGCAUGGCCAGUUGCUACGAUCCUAUUGACUCGCCCGAAGCAGGGCUACGCAUUUAAAAUAAUGUGAGCGAAGUCGCGUCGCGUCGCUGUCGCGUGAACUCUGUACGGGGCCCUAGAGUGCAGGACAACUGCAGGGCCGGUUGCUACGAUCCUAUUGACUCUAACAGCCUCUCCCAGUCGAGAUUCGAACAUACGACGAAGCCAGUUAGGCGUAUGACAGACAUAUGUAUGUACCGUAACCAAUAUCACUUUGUGCUGAAGUUACACAGGCUAUGAGCCAUUGCGUGGAAUUUUUUACUUUUAGUAGGUAUUUUCCCGCAAAUGGUUAAACUGAAAUUUGAAUUCAUGACCACGCAGCUAAAAUACUGCCACCUGGAUAAGUUUAGUCUAUGAUUGAAGCAAAAAUAGGAUUAAAGAGCAAGGAUUUGUUAGAAUGCAAGUGCAAGAAACAGAAUGCUUUUAGACCAUUCUUAAUUCACACUCACAUAUGGGCAGUUCCAUAAGGGUGAUGUAGCUUCGUACUCGCGAAAGAAAGAAGAGGGCUAGUUUUGACAACUUAACGCUAGUGUAAAUGGACCAUAUGAACGGUUUAAAGUAUACCAGCGCGAGAAGCAAGCAGUUGUGACUCCAAAACUAGCUAUAUUCAUUUAUCCAUUGCGAACCAUUUCUUGAUCUAGCAGAUGGAAAGUUUUUUACUUGAUGAGAGCGAAUAAGAUAAGGAUGAAGAUAAAUUUCUGUAAUUGUCUCUCAGAAAAACCAUCGUACUGUCAAAAAUAACCAUGCUUAAGAGCCGAGUUAUUUUCAUCCGGAGGGGAAAUAACUCAAAUUUUAACUAAAAAAUUGAAAAUUUCGCAAAAUGGUUUACAGCCGUUGUCAGCGACAUCAAGUUUUAGUGUACCACUUAUUGCUCGAAGGGUGCUCUCUCGAAUGAUUACUCGCGGAAUACAUAAAAACUUUUUACGUAAUUCUCGUCUAUUGCCUGCUAGUCUGUUCUCUGUUUUCUAAUGUAGAUUUUUAAGUCCUAAUAUUAAUAUACUAUCAGUUCUCAAUAAAAAAAAAUAUA